GCGGCGGCCGGAGGAGGAGGAGGCGGAGGAGGCGGAGAGCGGCGGGAGCAGCGCAGGCGGCGGCCGGGAGGCUCGGAGCUGCGGGCUGGGAAGGCGUGGGCGACCCGGUGUGUGGCGCGCCUGCACCCCGCGAUUCAGCCCUAGGGUAGGAAGCCGGUUGGGGGAAGUUCUCCAUGAAUGUACGUCACAAUGAUGAUGACAGACCAAAUCCCUCUGGAGCUGCCGCCGUUGCUGAAUGGAGAGGUGGCCAUGAUGCCUCACUUGGUGAAUGGAGAUGCGGCACAGCAGGUUAUUCUCGUUCAAGUUAAUCCAGGUGAGACUUUCACAAUCAGAGCGGAGGAUGGAACCCUUCAGUGCAUCCAAGGACCCGCUGAAGUUCCCAUGAUGUCACCCAACGGAUCCAUCCCUCCCAUCCACGUCCCUCCAGGUUACAUCUCACAGGUGAUUGAAGACAAUACGGGAGUCCGUCGGGUGGUGGUCACACCCCAGUCUCCUGAGUGUUACCCCCCGAGCUAUCCCUCAGCCAUGUCUCCCACCCAUCACCUACCCCCCUACAUGACUCACCACCCACAUUUUAUUCCUAAUUCACACACGGCUUACUACCCACCUGUGACGGGACCUGGAGACAUGCCGCCUCAGUUCUUUCCUCAGCAUCAUCUUCCCCCUACAAUAUACAGCGAGCAAGAAAUUAUACCACUCUAUGGGAUGUCAAGCUACAUUACCCGGGAAGACCAGUACAGCAAACCGCCGCACAAAAAACUGAAAGACCGCCAGAUUGACCGUCAGAACCGUCUCAAUAGCCCCCCUUCCAUCUACAAAAGCAGCUGCACCACAGUGUACAAUGGCUACGGCAAGGGCCACAGUGGUGGAGGCCACAGUGGAGGAGGCCACAGUGGAGGAGGUCACAGUGGCGGAGGCGGGGGAGGCGGCAGCGGUGGUGGGCCAGGAGUUAAGAAAACAGAGCGGCGAGUAAGAAGCAGCCCCAAGUCGAAUGACUCAGACCUGCAAGAGUACGAAUUGGAAGUCAAGAGAGUGCAAGACAUUCUUUCAGGAAUAGAGAGACCACAGGUUUCUAACAUCCAGGCACGAGCAGUUGUACUGUCCUGGGCUCCACCUGUCGGUCUUUCGUGUGGACCCCACAGCGGCCUUCCCUUCCCCUACAGUUACGAGGUGGCCUUAUCUGACAAAGGACGAGAUGGAAAGUACAAGAUCAUUUACAGUGGAGAAGAGUUAGAAUGUAACCUGAAAGAUCUUAGACCGGCAACGGAUUAUCACGUGAGGGUCUAUGCCAUGUACAAUUCCGUAAAGGGCUCCUGCUCCGAGCCGGUUAGCUUCACCACCCACAGCUGUGCCCCCGAGUGCCCGUUGCCACCUAAGUUGGCACACAGGAGCAAGAGUUCUCUCACCCUGCAGUGGAAGGCACCAGUUGACAAUGGUUCAAAAAUCACCAACUACCUUUUAGAAUGGGAUGAGGGGAAAAGAAACAGUGGUUUCAGACAGUGCUUUUUUGGGAGCCAGAAACACUGCAAGCUGACAAAGCUGUGUCCAGCCAUGGGGUACACGUUCAGACUGGCCGCUCGGAACGACAUCGGGACCAGUGGGUACAGCCAGGAGGUGGUGUGCUACACCUUGGGGAACAUUCCUCAGAUGCCGUCUGCCCCCAGACUCGUCCGAGCCGGUGUCACAUGGGUCACGCUGCAGUGGUGUAAACCCGAAGGCUGUUCACCCGAGGAAGCGGUUACCUACACCUUGGAAAUUCAGGAGGAAGAAAACGAUAACCUUUUCCACCCAAAAUACACUGGAGAGGAUUUAACCUGUACUGUGAAAAAUCUCAAAAGAAGCACACAGUAUAAAUUCAGGCUGACUGCUUCGAACAUGGAAGGGAAAAGCUGUCCGAGUGAAGUUCUGGUUUGUACGACGAGCCCAGACAGGCCUGGGCCCCCGACGAGACCCCUGAUUAAAGGACCGGUGACGUCCCACGGCUUCAGUGUCAAGUGGGAUCACCCCAAGGACAAUGGCGGUUCUGAAAUCCUCACGUACAUGCUGGAGAUAACGGAUGGAAGUCCUGACGCAAGUCAGUGGGAAGUGGCUUACAGCGGACCCGCGACAGAAUACACCUUCAGCCACUUGAAACCAGGCACUUUAUACAAACUCCGAGCAUGCUGCAUCAGUACUGGUGGACACAGUCAGUGUUCUGAAAGUCUCCCUGUUCGCACACUGAGCAUUGCACCAGGUCAGUGUCGACCACCAAGGGUUUUGGGUAGACCAAAGCACAAAGAAGUCCACUUAGAAUGGGACGUCCCUGCCUCCGAGAGCGGCUGCGAGGUCUCCGAGUACAGCGUGGAGAUGACGGAACCCGAGAACGUGGCGUCCGAGGUGUACCACGGACCCGACCUGGAGUGCACCGUGGGCCACCUGCUUCCGGGGACUGUGUAUCGUUUCCGGGUCAGGGCGCUCAAUGAUGGAGGGUACGGUCCCUAUUCUGACGUGUCAGAAAUCACCACUGCCGCGGGGCCCCCUGGACAGUGCAAAGCACCUUGCGUUUCUUUCACGCCUGACGGAUGGGUCCUCGUGAGUUGGGAGAGUCCUGAGAGCUCCGGAGCGGACAUCUCGGAGUACAGGUUGGAGUGGGGAGAAGACAUGGACUCCCUAGAACUUGUUUAUCAGGGAACUGAAACCUGCUUCGAAAUCCGCGAGCUGUUGCCUGCUGCACAGUAUUGCUGCAGACUCCAGGCUGUCAACCAGGCAGGAUCAGGGCCGUAUAGUGAGCUUGUCCACUGCCAGACACCAGCAUCUGCCCCCGACCCGGUCUCCACUCUCUGUGUCCUGGAGGAGGAGAUUCUCAGCGCCUGCCCUGAAUCACCGUCUGUGUGCCUUGUACUGAGCUGGGAAGAGCCGUGCAAUAAUGGGUCUGAAAUCCUUGCGUACAACAUUGAACUUGGAGACAAUAGCAUCACCGUGGGCAAUACCACCACUCAUGUCUUGAAGGAUCUCCUUCCUGAGAGUACCUACAGGAUCAGAAUUCAAGCUGUAAAUGAAAUUGGAGCCGGACCAUUUAGUCAGUUUAUCAAGGCAAAAACUCGGCCGUUACCCCCUCUGCCUCCGAGGCUAGAAUGUGCUGCCGCCGGUCCUCAGAGCCUGAAGCUCAAGUGGGGAGACAGCAGCCCCAAGACGCAUGCCGCUGACGACAUGGUGUACACGCUGCAGCUGGAGGACAGGAACAAGAGGUUCAUUUCCAUCUACAGAGGACCCAGCCACACCUACAAGGUCCAGAGGCUGACUGAGUUCACGUGCUACUCCUUCAGAAUCCAGGCAGCCAGCGAGGCCGGCGAAGGGCCCUUCUCAGAAACCUACACCUUCAGCACAUCCAAGAGUGUGCCCCCUGCCAUCAAAGCCCCACGAGUGACACAGUUAGAAGGGAAUUCAUGUGAAAUUCUCUGGGAGACAGUUCCACCAAUGAAAGGCGAUCCUAUCAGCUAUGUUCUGCAGGUGUUGGUUGGAAGAGAAUCUGAAUACAAACAGGUGUACAAGGGAGAAGAAGCCACAUUCCAAAUCUCAGGCCUCCAGACAAACACGGACUACAGGUUCCGAGUGUGCGCGUGUCGUCGCUGUCUCGACACCCCCCAGGAGCUAAGCGGAGCUUUCAGCCCCUCUGCAGCUUUUGUCCUACAACGAAAUGAGGUCAUGCUCACAGGGGACCUGGGGAGCUUAGACGACCCCAAAAUGAAGAGCAUGAUGCCUACUGAUGAACAGUUUGCAGCCCUCAUUGUGGCUGGCUUUGCGACUCUGUCGAUUUUAUUUGCCUUUAUACUACAGUACUUCUUAAUGAAGUAAACACACUCAGCAAAACUAGAUAUGGAUUUGAUUAAUGCUACACAUUUUAAUACACACAUUUAUUCAGAUACUUCUGUCAGUCUUUUUUGUUCUUUGAUUUAUAGCCUUCUUGUUUUACAGAUUUAGCUAGGAAAAAAAAAAUAUCAGUGUUUUGGUGCACCUUUUUGAAACUAGGAAGAGGUUAAACUGGAUUU